CCUUAACCUGAGCCUGCUCUCUGUAAGAUUUACCUUACUACUUCUGUUUGUUGGAUUCCUCUACACCUGCUAGCUGGAUUUUUGUUGUCAUCUCUCCUUCCUGCCUGCUUCUCCCUCAAGAAGAUUCAGCUAUUUCAAAAGCCUCAUUCAUACCUUUACCUCUAACUCAGUUUCCCCUGCAGCUCACCGGCCUUGGGAUUCAAUUUUCACUGAGCUCCACUUCCUCAUGCUGUGACGUCAUCAGCCAGCUGCUACUGAGCCUCCCUGCUCCCUCUGGCAAGUCGCCAUUACAACCCGGUGUUUGCAACUAUCAUUAUAACAGUCCUGUUAGGGAAGGAAAUAGAACUUUUUGCACAGCAAGAUACAGGUCCAAAUCAGCAAGCGACUGCUGAAGAGCACAAGAUCAUCACUGGGACAGGGAAAGAUGCUGCACAACACAGUCAUUAUUCUGUUGCUGGCAAUGGUACUGCCUUUGACUUAUGUAAAAGCUGAAUCAUACCCAUUGAAACCUGAGCCAAAAUGUGGCGUUAAUGAGCAAUAUUAUACUGAAUGUAUGCCCUGUCCCAAACAUUGUGGAAAUAAAGAGAUCAUGUGCAAAAUACCUUGCAAACCUGGCUGUGGCUGCAAACCUGGUUAUUUCAUGGCGAGUUCCUUAUCACCACAAUGCAUUCCUGAAGCAAAAUGUGAGAAAUGUGGCAAGCUUGAAGUGUAUGAUGAGUGCACUGCUCACUGCUAUGACACCUGUGAUGGUCCAGUUAUCUGUACCAAAAUUUGUACAUCUGGUUGUAAAUGCAAGAAUGGCUAUGUCAAUAACAAUGGAAGUUGCAUCUUGCCCUCAAAGUGUCCAAAACCGACCAAAGGCUACAUUAUACCAUGAUGUGAAUUUUAUGUUUUCAAAUGCCCUUGGGUUAUGCACAACUUCAAUUGAGAAAAUAAAACAAACUUUCAAUAUA